UUCGGGACGUUUCGGGGGUCCUCGCGUUGCGGCGGAACCCAAGCGGCGGGCAGCUCGCCUAGGCCGGCCGCGGCCCGCAGCGUCCCGGAAGGAGUGCAAGCGGCAUCCACGGAGGACCCAAUGGAAGUGUCCAGGAUGCUUGUCGCCAUCGGGAAGCCAGCAUAGCAUGGAUAAUCCAAAAGGAAAAAAAAAGCAAAGAUGUUUGUCGAGACUAAUGCAGCUGAUGAGAUACAUGCCCUUUUCUGCUCAAGUUUGACUCUUCGAGGCCAGUAGCCUCCUGACUGAUUGACUGACUACCCAAGAUGCAGAAAAGACAAGGGUACUGCAGCUAUUGCCGUGUGCAGUAUACUAACCUGGAACAGACCCUCACUAAAGGAAAAACUAAAAGGAGUUCUUCAGGCAGAAGGAAAAUGAUUCCAGAUGGAAGCUCAGAGCUAUCAGGAAGUAAUGAAGAAGAAUGGACAGCACUUGUUUAGUUCUCAGCACAGAAGCUUGACCAGACAGAGCAGACGUCGGACAGUUACCAAUAACACCCUGAUGGAACGCUUUUUGCAAGAUGUCCUGCGACACCAUCCAUACAAUUACCAAGACAGCAGAUCUGCACCAAAUGAGGCAGCGGCGGCAGCAGCGGCAGCAGAUCCUGGAUCACCUGAAGUGGUGAUUUUGGAUGACUCUGAUGAGAAGGAGGAUGAUACUGCAGAUAGCAGUGCAGAGAGGAACUCCGAGGAUUCAGGAUCUGUUGAAGAGAUAGAUUAUAGACCUGGUACUUCUCAGGAACGCGCGGAGGUUGCAGUUCGACCAUCGGUUAUUCAAAAACUGGAACGGGGACAGCAGCAGUCCUUGGAAUUGGCUCAUAAAGUUGAGAGUGGUGUGAAAAAAGUUAAUUCAGUCGGUGUUGUUCAGGCUACAACUAGUGGAAAAAAGUUAGUGCGUCCCCCUGUGAUUUGUAAUGCUCCUGCCAGCUCUUUGCCUAGCGGCUCUUUCGAGAGACCAGUUGCGGCUAACAGUGUUCCUCGGUUAGUACUGGCAGUUGCUUCAGAUUCCUUUCCAGCUUGUGACACAGAGAACCUUGAAACAUACUUUGACUCCCCAGAACAGGGCCCUAGCAACCCAUCAUCUCAACCCAAAACUAAAGACCCAAAAAAGAAACUAAAUAUAAAUUUAGACAAAUUGCUUGCACAGAGAAAUCUCAGAGCUAAGGGUGCGUCUUUUUCCCCUGUUGUACGAGUCCGUGAGCUAACAGGUCCUGAGCUUUGUUCUGUAAGAGCUGAGUCUUCUUCUGAGUUAGAGGCAGGUACAGCAGGAAACCCGAGGGAGACUGACACACUACCAGAACAAGCACGUGAAGGUGCCAUUCCAAAGCGUCGUGAGGCAUCUCGUUCAAAUACAGUUCGUCCCCAAGAAGAAACUCAUUUGGUUCUUAACAAGCCAACACUUCUGAAACAGAAGCGCUCAGUGAGUUCUGAAGAGAGGUUCGAUCAUGGAUCUCUUCAGGCAGUACCUGGUCCUUCCCAAGCUGCUGUACAUGACUUAAGUCUUUUGGAGCAGGAAGAGGAGGAGGAACAGGAAGAAGAGAGGCAGGAAGAGGAGGAAGAAGAGGGAGUUGACCAAGAAGAUGCGAGCUAUGAAUCUAGAGGUUCUGACAUGAGUUUUGAUUGUGGGUCCUCUUGUCAGUCACUGAGUGCCCUAUCUGAACUGACCACCAGAGAAAUAGAUGUAUCAGAAGAAACACACGCUGAUGCACAGCCUAGAAAUGAAAUACCCACUGUUUCUGGAGCAACUUCAGAUAAUGGUAACAGUUCUCGUCAGGUGAUUACACAGAACAUACAGCUCAUUAGUCUGGUUGAUGAAAGCUAUGAGUCUAGUGGCUCUGAAGUGAAUUUUGAUGGUGAUGACUCACUUCCGUCAACUAGUCACCAUCCCCCACAGCCUGUGGAAGUAGUAGUGCCCCUUCGUUUGGUUGACAAGAGCUAUGGAAGUGGUAGCUCUGAACCAUGUGAGGAUUCCGGGUCCUCAGCUGAUGAGACUCCAACAACAGCAGGACAGCAAAAUCCUGUGAACAAUGCCCAUGCAAACCUGGUUGAUGAGAACUACGGGUCAAGUAGUUUCAGUUCUGACAGUGAUGCAGCUCUGGAUCGUCCCCAGAUGCCUGUUGAAGAAAGAAGCCCAAGAGACAGAGCUGUUGAACAGGAAAAUGAAGACCAACCUAGUAGUGCUGAAGCACAUCCUGAACAUGAUGGUUCUCUUGAGCCAGAGGCUGAUGAACCCCAGAGAGAAGCAGAAGAAAUAAAUCUUCCAAACCAGAAGAAUACCAGCCUUGGGGAUAUGAACUGUGAGUCUCAUGGUCCUGAAGUGGGUUUUCAUGCUGAUGAUCAAUUAGAGGCUGAUCAAUCUUCAGUAAAUCCUGAGGAAGUAGAUCUUGACCUAGAAAAUCAGAGUGUUCACUCUGGCAUUUCUAAUCUAAGUUUUGAUUCCCAUGCUUCUUAUCAGUCAGCUAAUGAUCAACCUCAAGGGGCUUGGGGUGAAGUAAAUCUUGAUGAGUUAAAUGUUGAAAUGGAAGUUAAGAGCAAUGGGUGCUCCAGUUCUGAGUUGACAUUUGAUUCCGAUUCCCCUCUUCUGUCAGUUACUGAGCGGUCUCUGCUGGAUUUUGAAGGAUUAAACGAAGAUGACUUUAACCUGGAAGAUGAAAACUGUGUGUCAAGUAGUUCUGACAUAACUUUUGAUUCUGAUAUUCCCGAUGACUCAGUAGCUGACCAACCUCAAGUAGCUGUUUAUGAGGAGGAGCCUGUUGGUCUGGAAAAUAAGAGUAAUGAAUCUUGUGUUUCUGGAAUAACAUUUGAUUCUGAUAUUCCUCUUCAUUCAGGAAAUGAUCACCCUGAAGUAGCUGUUAAAGAAGUAAUCAUUCAGGAAGAAGAAAACGUUCACUUAGAAGGGAAGAAUGACAAUCCCAGUGGUUCUGAAAUAUGUUUGGAUUCUAAUGCCCCUCUUCAUUCAGUGACUAAUUCUGAUGUAGCUGUUAAAAAGAUAAAUUCCCCCAAAGAAGAGCAGGUACAUAUAGAACAUGUUGAACAAAAGGAAAAUGAACCUACUGAUUCUGAAUUAAACUUGGAUUGUAACUCUUUUAAUUCAAAGCCUGGAUGUUCUGAAGAUCCUGUUGUAUUGCGUGUUUCUGAAACAAGAUUGGAUUCUCGUGUCCCCUUUCAGUCAGUUAUUCGCAAAUGUGAAGUAGUUGUCAAAAAUGUAUGUCUUCAAAAAGAAAAGCAUGCUGAAUUAACAAGUAAAAGCACGGAAUCUCAUUCUGAAAUAAGUUCAGCUUCUACUGCUUCUCGUCCAGUGACAGAACCUUAUGUAGGUAAAAAAGCAAAGAGAAAGACAAAGCAUCUUGAGGAAGUCAACAGUGAUGAGGAAUAUGGUGCCUCUCAACCAGCUUUCAAUUCUGAUGUUUUUCCUCGGUCAAUGACUGAAAAACCUCAACCAGCUGCUUUGAAAGAGGGCCAUGCUGACCCAAAAGAUGAAAAUACUGAGCUUAGAGGGACAGAAGUAAAUCUGAAUACUGCUGGUUGUCUUGAUUCAGUCAUUAGCCAGCCUCAGUUAGCCUCAAACGAAAACUCUGUUGAACUGAAAGACACAGAUGGCAAGCCCAGUGACUCUAAAGCAAGUGCUGAUGCAGCUGGCCAUCUUCACUCACUGCCUAAACAAGAGUUCGACGUGAUUACAAAAAUGAAUGAGUGGAAAAAAGAGGCAAAGGUUCUUGAACAGAAGAUCAGUGAUCUUAUUUAUUCAAAAAUAAUACACGACUCUAAUGUUUCUUUUCGUUCUGCAAUGGAUCAACUUGAACUAGCUCUGAAACAAAUAAAUCUUGGUAGUAAUGACCAAGUGUCCUCGGAAGAUAACAGCCAAGGUACGUGUUCUGAAACAAAUUUGGAUUCUGGUUUCUCAGUCCAGGCAGUAGUUGAACCACCUGAAGUAACUGUUUUGGAGCCUGAACGUGUUGAACAAGAUGGUAGGAAUAACGUGUCUUGUGAUUCGGAAGUAAGCGGUAAUUCUAAUGGCUCUGUCCUGUCAGAGGCUGAUCAGCAUAGUGAAAGUGGUGAAAACAGAAGUCAGAAGGAUGCAGAUGACACGGAAGGUAAGAGGGAUGAUGCUCAGGGUUUUGGAAUUACACAUGAUUCCAAUGUCCCCCAGCCAUUGGCUGGCCAGAUUGAAGUAGUACAGGAGAUCGACCAUUGGAAAGAUCAUGUUAAUUUGGAAGAUAAGAUUGUUGAAUCUAAUAACUCAAAAAUAAACUCUCAUUCUGAUGAACCACUUCAGGCUGUGACUAAUGAAACACAAGAGCCUGUUCAAGAAAUAAAUUUACUGAGGGGACAUGCUAGUCCAAAUGAUGACUGUGAGCCCUAUGGCGCUACAAUAAUUCCAGUUUCGAAUGUCAUUUUUUGCUCAGUGAUUCAGAAACCACAACGUUUGCAAAAAAGGUGUGCCAGUUUGAAAGUAAACAGCAGCAAUCCUUGUGGUCCUGAAGUAAGUGUUGAUUCCCAUGAUCGUCCUGAAGUGAGUUUUGAUUCUAAUGAUCCUUGUCAGUCAGUAGCAAGCCAUCUUCAAAAACCUGUCAAGGAAAUGAACCUGAAGGAAGACCAUAUUUACCUGGAUGAUAAGAGCUACAAGCUAGUUGACUUUGAACCAACUUAUGAUUCUGACGCUCCUGUUCAGUUUGUGUCAGUUCCAUCUGUGGAGACUGUGUCCGUCAAAGAAGUAAAUUUGCAAAAGGAGAAUCAUGAUGACCUAGAAAAUGAGAACUCUCAGCCAUGUUGUUCUGAAGCAGCAUAUAAUUCUGCUGUUCAUCUGCAGUCAGGAGUUGAUCCACCUCAAGUGGCUUGCAAAGAAGCAGAUCUUGACAAGAAAGAGCUUGACAUCGAAGACAAGGGCAGUGUAUCUUGUGUGCCUGAAGUGGUGUAUGAUUCUGAGGUCUCUUUUCAGAUUGUAGUUAACCAGGUUCAGACAUCAGAUGGAGAAACAGAUUCACCACAGGUGGUGUUUGUGGAUGUUGUGUCCAGUGAUAGUGAUUGUGACCGGGAAGUAAUUUCUGAUUCAAAUAUCCCUCUUCAGCUAGAGCAACCUCAGAUGACUGUCAAAGAAACCAGUGAUAUAAACACAGAUUCUCUUGGUUCUGCAGCAAAUGAAAAGUACUACUGUAAAUUCUGUGGUUGUGAUUAUGAAGCCUCUCAGUCAGUGACAAACCAAUCCAAGGAAAGUUUCAAAAUAAUAAACAGGAAGAAUGACUAUAUUAUCCUAGGAGAUUCCACUUGUCCAUCUUGUGGUCAUGAACUCAACUUCAAUGUUGAUCCCUCUGAUCAGCCCACUACCUGCCAGUUACAAGAGCCUGAUCGUAAGUUUACUGACCCAGAAGAUAAGAACUAUGGACCUAAAUGUCCUAAAAGAAAAUUACAUUGGGAAGAUACUACUCAGCCAAUUACUCACCAACUACAGAAAACUGGAGAAGCCACCAGUCUUCGGAGGGAUACAAAAAAUAGAUCCAAAAGAGAGAGGAGCUGGGAAUCCAGUAGUUUUGCAGCAGACCGUGCUGCCUAUGCGGUGUCAGUGAUCCGCCAAACAGCUGGGAACUACUACUCUUUUAACUCCUGUGGAUCUGAGCUAAAUUUUCUAGAUGAUACCUCAUUUCAGUCUGACAUUGCCCCACCUCAACCUAAGAAAAAAGGCCAGCGUAAGAAAGUGACUUUUGACAUGAGAGUAACUAAGUAUGAAUAUCCACCAAACCCAAUGUAUGGGGAAGUAGAAGAGGUUGCAGAAGGUGAUCCUAAGGAAGUAGUAGUUCAUGAAGCCUCACCUCAGGUUCAGGCUCCUGCAUCAGUUGUUGAAAAACCAUGUCCUCAGAGGAGAGAAGAUGAUGUGAAAGCAAACACACAGGCAUGUCAAGGUUAUUUCUACAGUUACUAUGAUGGUGGCUCAGAGACCAAGAAAAUUCUUUUGGGUGAAGAACAAAAGACUAUCUUGCCUGACCUUAAUCAGAAUGCCACAUCAAUUCAGUAUAUUAAAGGUAAAGUUGGAGACACUGGUGACUUUUCCGUGGCCUUAGGUAAGCCGUCUUGUUCCCUAGCAGAGGGGCUUCAUCAGCAACAUGGGCAGGUGACUUCUCAGAACCAGGUAGGAGGAGUGAGAUGUGCAACUCAAGCAAGUUCCGGGAAGAAAAGGAAAAUUACAGAACAAGAAGAUGACUCACCAAAAAGGAAGUGUUUCCACCACGAUAGCCAGAAAAAAAAAAAAGGCCAAACUGGGACAACUAAGCUACCUGAACCACAAACUAAAGUUUUAGAGCCUGUACAGCCGGAUUCCUUGGUUUAUAUUUUUUCUUCUCUAAGUAUGAAGGAAGAUCAGUCUUUGAACCCACCUAAAACAAAGCCUGGCAGUAACAGUGAUUUACGAUAUGUAUACAGUUGUAAGGAGCAUACCUUUUCUGGCCCACGACGUAAGAGAACUGUAAUUAAUCCUCCACAGAACAUAAUGGUACCAGACAUUGGCAGACGUGAGAUAGUUGACAUUGAUCAUAAUAGGCGUGACCCAAGGUCCAAUGCAGAGGAGAAUGGUGCCAAAAGACAAAACCUGGCUUCAACAUCUUUUACGACAAUGCCGAAAAGAUCUGUGUUAAGGUUCCACAGGACCAGUCAAUCUUCAUUUCUAAAAAAAUCAGAAGAUGUGGGUGCUACUCAAGUUCCAAAGGAUAAUUUCCAGCAGACUCUUUUAAAUCGUGAUGGUGCCAAAAAAUUUCCCAAAUCAGUUAGAAAGGAAGUUUUUGAAAGUAAAAAUCAAAGGAAAUUUUGGAAAAAGAAGAUGGUUGCUGCAGAUAAAUCAUGCCUCAUCAAAAAUGCUUAUAAAACAAUGGUUCUACGGAAAAAAUCAAAAUUAGCUUCAGAAAAGCUGGCUAUUUGGAUUCAGCUGAAAGCGAUAGACAUCAUCAGGAAGUAUGUCUCUAGAUGCCAUGGUGUUCCGCCCCGGAGGCAUCAAUCAAAGACUGUUCUUAUAAAAAUGCAACUGAGGAAGAAAAAAAUAGUUGCCAGGAAGAUAAAGGAAGCCAAGAGAGCAGCUGAAGCACUCGCGCUCAAGCUCUCGCGCCCCUCACGCCCCCCGGUUCUCCCAGCUGGUGCUGAAGAGCAGUUGAGCACUACUGCAGGACCCGCAGAGCUGCCUGCCCAUCCUUCCAGUGCUGGAGGGAUAAAGCGCUACCGGAAAACUUACUUCCGCAGAAGGAAGAGACUUCUUCCCGUGAGAGAAUAUGACCUGAGAAGCUUGAGUUCAACAUCAAAUACCGACAGGAUGGUGACACGGCUUGCAAGCAAGUCGAAAAGUAAUGAGGCAAAAUAAAAGUGCGCGUCAUAGUAGAUGGAGACCUCAGUCCUUCACUUGGAUGGAACACAUUUGAGACUUGAAUGCACAUACUUUUCCCAGCUUUGGUGGGGAAACUGACCUUACACUAUUUUGCUACAGAUAUUAUUUUUCAGAGAUUUUAUAUUCAUUUAAAAUUAGUGUUUAGGGUCCUUUUUUUUUUCUUUUAAAGAUUUAAAAGCAACCUUUGUCCCAUUUCUGUAGAAGAGCUUCAUCUUAAUUUGUCUUAUAAUUUAGCAUACUAUAUAGAAUUUUGUCCCUUAAAUCAUGUCCUCUGAAAAUCUUUUGUGCCAAAAAGUUUUAACACUGGGAGAAUGAACAUAGCAAGCUUAUUAAUUUCAUUUUUUUUUAAACAAUUGGGACAGAUAUCUAUUUACGUAGUUACCACACUUCCAAGUUGAAUAGCCAGUAGGUAUUCUAACUGGAUAAAUAAAAAGAGCAACAUUGUGCUAUCUCAGUUUCCGAGUAUCUCAGUUUUGUGAUCAAUCACAAGAAUAUAAUUUCUUUUUCUUUUAAAGGCAUUCCAUAAAAUAUUUAAUCUAGUUUUUUGAAAUCGUCUGGUGAAAGACAAAUUCUUUUUCAUUUAAAUUGGAUCUCCAAGUCUUUAUUUAACUUUCCUCAUUUGCACACAUACCCACAAAUCUUUUUGUUAACAUUAUUAAAUCUUAUGUGGAAAAGAUUUUGCAAAUGUGAUUAAGCUUUGGAAGCUACCUUUUCUCCCCUUACUGGUAAUUAAAAUGAAAACCCAGGUAAUUUUAUCAUCUUAUUUAUUAAUAUUUUGUAUAACAUUUUAAAAUGUUGAACUUAAGCUGUUGGUUUGAUAAUGGCAAGUGGACUGGCCAUUAAUUGUCAUUAGUGAAAAACUUUACAUUUCAGAAAAAUUAAGUUAAACUAAUAACCUAACUAGUGACCCACUUUACAAGUGAAAAACGGUUUAUACACCACUUUAUCUUAAACUAUCUAAUUAUCUUAAAGUAACUAGAUAGUCCAAGGUUAAACCAGUUUGACAUUUUAUCUUAAACUCCCUAACCGAGUUUAACAGUUGAGAUAAAGAUGCUUGGAUACACAGUGUGAACCUCUGUGGUACUUGAGUAUAUUCCUUUAAGGGUCGGCUGUUGACUGAGCUGGUGCAGACGCAUCCCCUUUUCUUGUUCAGUCAAGGCCUGGAUCUCUUUCUGUCUUUGAUGUUAUGAGGAAACACAAAGUUUCCCUUUACUGUGUAACUACUAUAUUUUAUUGAAACUAGAAUCAGUGUUAAGAUGUGUCUUGAUUUCAGAGAUAAAACUGUGUUACCUUAGAAUUAAUGAAAUAUCAACGUGGUUUUGUUCCAGGGGCCAUUACUUAACCUGUGAGUCGUUAAUGGUGAUACUAUUGUCAUCUCUUUACUUCUUAAUAUAAGUGGUAAUUAUAUUGCAGAGUGGACAAAUGUGCUUUUUUAGUCGGCAAGUAACGUGUUUAAUUUUUUCAACCUUGCCUCUUUAUAUUACAAGCAUUUUAAUUUUUUUAAGAAAAUUCUCAAUGGGCUGCUAGUUUUUUGUUUUUUGAUUUUUGUUUUUUUAAAUCCUCAAAUUUUAAUUAAGGAAGAAAACGCUUUCACUGAUUAUGAAGUAACCAUGAAAAAGUAUUCCUUGCAGAUAUUAAUGUCUUUUGCAGUUCCCAGACACCAUUAAUAAACACUCUUGUAAUGUAGGUUAAAAGUGAGAGUUCAUACAAAAAUAAUCUACCAUAUAAUUAUGCCAGAUUAUAUCUAUUAUAAUUAUAUCCUGAAAUGAAGAUUCAAAUAAUCAAAAUUUAAAGUUAAAAAAAUUCACAAUUUAGAAACUUGUCUAAGGACUUUUUAAAGGGAGAGCAAGGAAAAAAAUUAAUAUGUAAAAUUCACAUCACCAAAAAUAUAAAAAUGUCUGGUACAGAAAUGAUGGCUUUGUUUAGCAUUUUGCAAAUAUUUACUAACUUCUUGUAAGGAUUAUUUAGACAAGAUUGGAAACUUAAAAUUGUAAAACUUAAAUUAAAAGUGAAAUAUUUCAGAAUUUGAUAGGAUAUAAGAUGUGCCCCUUUGUCUACAUAAGUGUUGACUUAAUUUUCAGGCUAGGUUGAAACAAUUGGUUAUUUUGUGUAGUCAAGAGUGCAUUAUAUUCUUUCAAUAGUAAUACAUCAAAUUACAACCAUAUCAUUUCAUUAAUCUUGUCCCUUUUAGUAUCUUGAAUAGAUUUUUAUUGUGACUGUCCUAGUGAAACAGUGUGUGGACAAUAUUGUGUAAGAGUGUUUUUUUGCAUUUGUGCAUUUUAAAUUAUUUGUGUGACUAGGGCUCUGAGUAACACUUUUUUUUUUGCUUAAAGAAAAGCUAUAUUUAAAUAUUCAAAUUAUAUAUUUCCAUGUAAAACUAAUGUGAAGACCGAUGUAUUUUUUAUAAUGCAGUUUAAAGUGUAAACUUGUUUUGAUGUUAUCAAGAUAAAUUUAUUAAAUAUUGAAAUUUGUGUGUACUCUCUCCUAAUGUUAGAACCUUUUUCUGGAAAUACUUAAAAAGAAUCGGAGAGUAAUCAAGGCUUAAGUAACUCUGUAAAAGGCCUGAGAGAUGAUAAAUAAGAGAAUGCAGAUGUUGAUGCUGGCGAGAAAAUAGUUUAACCAAAGAUACAUAGGUUGUACUCACAUCAGUAAUUAUUUCAAAAGAUUAAACAACCACUAAUUUGUGUGGUGGAGUGAUGGGGCAGCUGUUUGCCUAGCACGCCUGCACUGAAGGGAUUGAAUUGAGGAGGCAGGAUCCAUACCACCAUCUGAUGCCCUGUGGGAAAUGACCAAUCCCAAACCUUCCAUCUACCUCCCUGUCUUGUAGUGCCAUAGCAUCUGAUAGUUAAGACAGGAUGACAUGGAAGAGUACAUGAGAGAACAGUGACAUAGGUGCUUCUGACCUUAGAAUUACUACUGACUUACAACACUUGUUGGUCAGGGAUUUUCGAGUGAGAAUUAUCUUCCUAUUUACAAUGAGAAGUUACUACUUUUUAGUAAAGGACUUUUAAGUUUAGAAACAUGGAAUUAUAGAAUUAUACAACAAAAUU